AUGACAGUCAGUACUCAUAUAGCUGAAAUACUUAGGCAAGGAGUAUGGGCUUCUCUAACUGGCGGAUGGUAUUAUGAACCAAGUCAUUCUAUAUUUUGUAAUACAAUUCAUUUGUAUUUAUGGCUUUUACUUUUUAUUUUACCGUUAAUUGUUGGCAUCGUGUUAAAUGGGAAAGAAUCUUUUACGGCGGUUUUUGUCUACACUUCUUUCAUUUUUGCUUUAUUUACAAUAUUGAAGGUGCUAGUAACUUAUUUACACGUAAUUUUUGAUACUACCGAGCCUGUGAUUACUAAUAAACAAACAGAUGAAGGCUCAAAAGAAGUUAUUGAAUUAGCAGAAAUGAAUACGAAUCGUAACACUGAUCAACCAGGGUGUUCUACACAAGCUUCUGAAGUGACGUCUCAAAGACCGACUUAUCGUAGGCCUUACACGAGAGUUCAAGAAAACGAUUACACGUUUUUCGAUGAAAGACCUCCCAUUCGCGAAGAAACUGUUAAACCUUCCGGAUCAGUACCCAAAGUAGUUUUCAAAACAGAGAAAGCACGAUCUGUGGUGGAUACAAGUUCAUCUAAAAAUCGUGCUACUGAUCUCAGAAGGAGGUUUUCUGAACCGAUUCUGAACUCUACAUCAUCUUCUCAUGUCAGAAGAAUGUCUGAUGGUAACUUAGGGGCGAGUGAGUGUUCUGCUUCCGUAUCCAAAGUCUACAGUUCCCAAGAUAAGACGAAGACCGAUACCGAGAAAAAAGAUGAAGGUAAUGAGGCUGAUGUUGAGCUGUCGGAAGUUAGUGAAACUUUCCUUCGGUUUACGGAAACAAAGGAUUCUAACGACUGCUCUGACAAACCAUCAACGAGCAAAGAUUGUAUGAAAAGUAUGAUUCAACGCCCAGGAACACCCAUUAAUCUAGUUUGUCACGUAGACCAACAAAUGGAUUGUUUGACUGAUAGGCCAUCUACAUCUAGUGCCGCUUGGCUGCCUGUUCGAGUAUCAUUGAACGAAGGUGAAAAAUCGGAUGGAGCACUGGUGAAGUCGGAAGAUGAGCAUGAUCCUAGUUUCUUACAAUCUGAAUUGACACAAAUGCUUUUUCAUCUGGUGGAACCUCCUGGGAGCGGUAUUGGUGCCAUUCAAACAGAUCAACUGAGUAAACUUGCGAGAAUGUUCCCUAGACAACAACAAUUCCGAAAUCAGAACCGUUCACGUUCUGCAUCAUCAGCUGUGUCAGCUCUCGCUGAGCUAGCUUGCAGAUCGGGAACUCAUGUCGCCUCAGGACAUGAAGAUACUUCCCAAGGCGCUGUACACUCCUUCCAAGAUGCUGAAGGAAAUUGGUGGACUUAUACAUUUGACGAGCAUGGAGUCGGUACAGCCCAUGCUCUGGGUUCGAGCUCUACCGUGUGGGAGACCAUUCAAAAAGAACGACUUACGGAGGCCGCUAGUACUGUUCGUCCCAGAUUAGAUGUUCUUCACGAAUCCACUUAUGCUAGCAGUGAAGAAGACGAAGAUAACCAUCCAUCGACUUCGCUUACAAAAGUUCAAACAACGAGGAGAGAACGUGCUUUGUCUUCGUCUAGUAAUGAAAGCUACACUUAUAUACCUUCUCUACCGGCCAGCGUUAUUCUUCCAACUAGAACCGGUGCUCCUCGCAGACAAGUUGUUUCUUUUGUUAAUGUGGCUUCUCGAUUUCGUUCCGCUGUUCGGGUUCCAGAAGAAAGACGUCUAGGUGAUUUGGACCAAAUCAUGGAGUUAUUAGAUGGAAGGCGUUCUGACUCAGAUAGCCGUGAUAGCACUAGUUUUAAUUAUGAUCAAAGACGAUCUGUCAGUGGACCACUUCAUACUCGCAUGCUUGAAAUGCAAGAACGAAUUUUUUGCUUGGACAUGAUAUCUGCUUUUGAAGAAAACGAAACAAGGAAGCAACCUGGGAAAAAGAGUUAUUAUCAGAUGAAGAUGUUCCCGAUAUCAAAUAAAUGCAUAAAAGUGAAUCUUGAUCGUCUAGCAGUAGCUGCACUGUUCGAUCGUAAUCGAAGCGUUGUUUCGUGUGUAUGCGAUGUACUAUUGGCAAGCAUGGUUUCUGUACUCGCUUCUUUGGUACUGAACUCGGGUAUCUAUUAUGACCUCAGUUUGUUCUUUUUUGCAUUUGGUGUAGCCGGAGCUCAUUUUUCUCUUUUAAAAAGUGUACAGCCUGACGCUGCGUCUCCGAUUCAUGGUUUCAACUGGCUUGUAGCAUAUAGCCGGCCGAUAUACUUUUCCAUAUUGUGCAUAAUACUUCUGACUGUGAAUGCGUAUGUUGCAGAAGAUUUUGAGGAUACGGUGGCAUGGAAUUGGAAUCCGUACAGGCUUUUCGAUGGAACUGAUGCCUCCAUUCUCCUGGGCGUGCGAGAUUUAGUGUCUAGUUGUUUGUUACUACUACCAAUUGCUUGUACGUUAGGAUGGUUGCCACAGGUUAGCACUCUUGUUCAUCAUGUGCUGGAACAAAUUGAAAUGCAUUUCUUCGGUGGAACAGCCUCCUUCGGUGUUCUUUCCACACUUAUCCAGAUCUUCAAAAGUGUGUUCUGUUGGUUUUUUUUAGUUGGAAUCAUAAUGCUCGCUAAAGAAACAAAUCCUAACACUACUCAAAACCCCGGGUUUUCAACAUUCCUAGCAUUAGCUGUUGGCUUUUCAUAUAUAUUGAGCAGAUUCUCUUCAAACAUCGAACUCUCAGUAGUAAUCUUCAAAUCGUUCUGGAAAGCUGUAUGCAAUCUUGCUAAGCGAGUUUGUGGGUAUAAUAACAACGAGAGUGAUACUGAAACGACAGAAGAUGAAGCUCGAAGUUUGGGAGUGCAUAUUCCACACGAAAUAUUCGAUUCUGUUACGGUUCGAGCUCGCCACGAUCUACUUUUUGCCAUUUUCAUAUCAUGCGCAGUGUUCGCUCUACACUCUUCCUCUGUUUUUACUGUAACUCGUCCAUAUUUCUUUCAUACUAUUGCCAUAAUUUGCUCACUGACAAGUAUCUUGAAUCAUUACGUCUAUCCUCAACUGAGAACACACACUCCUUGGAAACUGGUUGCCAAACCAAUUUUAAAAUCAAGCGAGUUCAGUCUCUUUGAAUGUGUGAAUGAAGCACGUUUGAUGUCCUUCGAACGGGUAUAUGUUUGGUUGCAGGCGCUGGAACGAAACAUUCUUUAUCCAUUGCUCAUUGUUUGUCUCAUGUGUGAUUGUGCCUGGAGUUUGCCACUUGGAGCAUACUUAACUCCUCUGAUUUGCUUACGGUUGCUGAGAGGAGGGUUUUCACAUCCUCAGCUCCUCUAUGUUCCUUUGAUUCUUUCUCUUAUCAUAACCAGAUAUGAUUGGGCUUCUCAUGUUCCUAUAAUUUUUGAAAAGCUCUCUCCAUCUGCUCUGUUUGCUGUUACGUUUUACAUAUCAGUUAUUCUGUAUCCGAAAUGGCUGGAGCUGUAUUUGAAAAUCAACUUCAUCAUGGCUUAUGUUGCUCCUUGGCAAAUCAGUUGGGGAUCAGCAUUCCAUGCGUUUGCACAGCCUUUCUCUGUUCCUCAUUCCGCAUUGCUGUGGAUUCAGACUAUUGUAUCCAGUAUAGUCAGUGCUCCUCUCAAUCCUUUCUUAGGUUCCUCAUUCUUUUUGUCGUCUUAUGUGCGACCUGUGAAGUUUUGGGAACGGGAUUAUAACACCAAACGAAGUGAUGCAUCUAAUAUAAGAUUAUCGGCUCAAAUAGAUAGAGGACCAAUGCUGGAUGAUAGUAACUUGAAUGCUGUGUUUUAUGAACACUUAACCAGAAGUUUACAAAAGAGCUUGGCAGGCGAUUUGGCUAUGGGCAGAUGGGCAACUAGUGUUCACCCUGGAGAUUGUUUCAUUUUAGCUGGGUUUUAUUUGAACUGCUUGGUCCAUAUCGUAGAAGUAGGCAAUGGGUUUAUAACUUUCCAAUUGAGAGGACUCGAAUUCCGAGGCACCUACUGCCACCAACGAGAGGUUGAAGCAAUAACAGAAGACCAAACAGAAGGAACAGGAUUCUGUUGUUGCUCUCCGGGCUCAUUGCCAGGCUUUUUAUCCUUAAACACUGCUUGGGGAUUGCGAUGGUUAGCCUGGGAGGUGGUAGCAGCCAAAUAUGUUGUUGAUGGUUACUCAAUCACGGAUAACUCUGCGGUAAAUCUGCUCCAAGUUCAUGAGCUCAGAAGAUUACUGGUUUCUCUCUACGUUAAAUGCAUAAUAUUCCACGCAAUAAGUUCUGAAAAGUUAUCAGAAUGGCUGAAAAAUGAAACAGUGCGGAAAACCGUUGAGACAGUUGUUAAGACGAAGUUCAUUGAUGUAGAUAAUAUGUUUGGUGCCGUUAACGAUGAAGAUUAUGACUGUCACGAAGGGGGAAUAUCCAAAGCUUCAUUUAUGGAAUGGUAUUCUGAAUGGAUGAAGUAUUGCUUAUCGAGAAAAACAACGAGCGAGGAAGAAGAAACACCACCGUUUGAAGAAGUUGUAGCUUUGUGUUACAUACUAUCGCUCGUCGGUAGGAGGACUCUGGGUACCGCUGCACAUAAUCGACAUUCUACUGCUGCCGAGUCUUUCCUGUAUGGCUUGCAUGCUCUUUUCAAAGGAGAUUUUCGUAUACAAUCGCAAGAUGAAUGGGUAUUUGCUGAUAUGGACUUGCUACGUUUAGUAAUCUCACCAGCCGUGAAAAUGGCUCUAAAACUUCACCAGGAUCACUUUGCUGCUAUCGAUGAUUUGGAUAAUAAUGAGUCUCUUUUCGACCGUAUAUCUGAACAUCAAGCUAGUCUGUUCAUAUCUCAUGAACAAGAUCCUGCUUGGCGUAGAGCUAUAUUGAGUAACACCCCUUCUCUUCUUGCUUUGCGGCAUAUGUAUGAUGACGGGCAGGACGAUUAUAAAAUAAUCAUGCUCAACAAGAUGCAUCAAAACAUGAGAGUCAUAAAGCUGAACCGUGAGUGUGUUCGUGCGUUCUGGGCAGGUCAGCAGCAGGAGCUAAUUUUCCUGAGAAAUAGGAAUCCAGAACGAGGAAGUAUUCAGAAUGCUCGACAAGUUUUGAGAAAUAUGAUCAACAGCUCUGCUGAUCAACCAGUUGGUUAUCCCAUAUACGUUUCCCCACUUACAACUUCCUUUGUGGAUUCUCAUCCUCAAAUCAAUAAGAUUGUUGGACCGCCUAUAACAGUAGAGGAAAUCGGCAAGUUUAUUCAUCGUAGAUGGACUUCUCUCCGUUCCCAUUUGGGACCAUCUACGAGCUCAUUUCACCAAGGUGGUUGUCCUCCACCUGCUGCUGCUCCUCAACCCAGUGCUAGAGAGCCCGAUGAUAGGACUAGCCAGUUGUCAACACACAUGCAGCCGGAAAAUUCUGUAGUACAUAUGUUAUCUGAUGGGUCUGCAAGAGUUGCCAUAGCAAGGAGGCCUCACUGUGAAACUCCUAUUGCUCUGAAGAAAACGUCAAUAAGCGAUCCGGCGGGUUCUUCAACCUCUAAGAGGCAAAGCACAGAGAAUCCUCCAGCUCAGGACGAGGGGUCUUCUAGUGAGUCAAGAGAUCUGAAUACUCAAGAGGAUGAAGAGGGCAACCCUUUGUGGGGAGAAAUCACAGACAUUGAACAUAUUUUCAAAUAUCUCACUGAACCGUUAAAAUCUACUGGCCAUCCUCUAGUGGAGUGGCCAAGUGAAGAAAUGAGACAAAUGGCCUGUCAUAAACAAUGGUACUGUCCACCAGUUCCAGGAACCACAGGAAGAAUAGUUUAUCGUUGGUAUCCUAAUCAUCCAAACAAAAAAAUGCGAAGUCACAUUGGUGCAGUUAUAUAUUUGAUUUGUGUUCCCGCUAUGGCCAACGCCUUGGUUGCUGUGGGUGAAGGAGGUUGUAACGUUUUCACAGAAAGCGCAAAAACGCAGACAGAUGAGUGUGUUCAGACAACACCAAUGGAGUGA